UGGACGAGAGGCUAAGACUUCUAAUUCCCUUUGAGGUGCAGUUAUUUAUUCUGAACACUCGAUGGCAAUGUGGCUUCAGGUUAGCGAAUACUCUGUACAAUGUAAACAAUAAGGCCGCCACAGUCGCCGGAGGUUCGCAGACAUUUGUGUACACGUAUUACGGCUGCAUGGGCUGGACUAGGGAGUCAAUAGAAACAAGCUAACUUAACGCUGGCUAGCUCUCAAGAACAAGACUAGCUAGGACGUCUUGGCUAAUAUCUGUGCACACAAACUAUCUGUAGGACAGUCUAUUCUUUUCUCAAAAUAGCAGGACAACAAUUUCGUGCAUGGGAAGCAGGAGACGUUCGCUGUGCCUUUCUGAAGACGAAUCAAGGUGGCGACAGAUAAGGUUGCUGGAAAGCUGAGUUCUACUCUCUCAUGGGUAAAGAACUCCGUGUCCCUCACAGUCAGUCAGAUGGCUAGUCAGGUGGCCACACCAACAUCCUUACAGACUACCACUACAUCCUCCUCCACAUCUCUGUCUUCACCUGCCCUGACACCAACCACACCGGCACAGCUCAGUCCUGAUGAUGUGGAGUUGCUUGCCAAGCUCGAGGAGCAAAAUAGGUUGUUGGAGACAGAUAGCAAGUCACUGCGCUCUAUGAAUGGCUCCCGGCGAAACAGCGGCUCCUCCCUGGUGUCGAGCUCCUCUGCCUCCUCCAAUCUCUCACACCUGGAGGAGGACACAUGGAUCCUGUGGGGUCGAAUUGUCAAUGAGUGGGAGGAUGUGCGCAAGAAGAAGGAGAAGCAGCUAAAGGACCUCGUCAGGAAAGGGAUUCCUCACCACUUUCGGGCAAUUGUUUGGCAGCUGUUGUGUAAUGCCCAGAAUAUGCCCAUCAAGGAUCAGUACUCGGAACUUUUGAAGAUGACAUCGCCGUGCGAGAAGUUAAUUCGCAGAGACAUUGCCCGCACUUAUCCAGAACACGACUUCUUCAAAGAGAAGGACAGCUUUGGCCAAGAAGUGCUGUUUAAUGUCAUGAAGGCAUAUUCUCUGGUGGACCGUGAGGUUGGUUAUUGUCAGGGAAGUGCAUUCAUUGUCGGUUUGCUUCUCAUGCAGAUGCCCGAAGAAGAAGCAUUCUGUGUGUUUGUAAAGCUGAUGCAAGACUACAGGUUACGAGAACUCUUCAAACCCAGUAUGGCUGAGCUGGGACUUUGCAUGUACCAGUUUGAGUGCAUGAUUCAGGAACAUCUCCCUGAGCUGCAUAUGCAUUUCCAGGCUCAGAGUUUUCAUACCUCGAUGUAUGCCUCCUCGUGGUUCCUCACCAUCUUCCUCACUUCUUUCCCUUUGCCUGUCGCCACAAGAAUUUUUGAUAUCUUUAUGUGUGAGGGUCUGGAGAUAGUUUUUCGUGUGGGGCUGGCCAUCCUUCAGAUGAAUCAGGCUGAACUCAUCCAACUUGACAUGGAGGGCAUGUUACAGUACUUUCAGAAGGUUAUCCCACAUCAGCUUGACAGUGGACCAGAUAAGGUCAUCCAGGCUGCAUAUCAAGUUAAAUACAAUGCCAAGAAGAUGAAAAAACUGGAGAAAGAAUACACUACAAUCAAAACAAAAGAGAUGGAAGAACAAGUGGAGAUAAAGAGGUUGCGAACAGAGAACCGUCUUCUGAAGCAGAGGAUAGACACCCUAGAGAAAGAAAGUGCUUCCUUGGCAGAUAGAUUGAUUCAGGGACAAGUGACUCGAGCUCAAGAAGCAGAGGAAAACUACCUGGUCAAGCGGGAGCUGGCCACGGUCAAACAACAGAAUGAGGAGGCCAGUGCUCAGCUGGAGCAGGCCAAGAAAACCAUCAAGCAGCUUCAGCAACAACAGCAGAUACAAGCGAAGGGACCCCCUCGGUGCUCAGAGGAGUCUGUCAUGCAGCUUGAAAGGGAGCUUGUGCAAGCAAGACUAAAGGAGGCUGAGUCACAGUGCGCCCUCAAGGAAAUGCAAGAAAAGAUCCUUGAUAUGGAAAAGAGGAACUCAUCACUACCAGAUGACACUAAUGUGGCACGACUCCAAGAAGAGCUGAUUGGGGUAAAGUUGAGAGAGGCGGAGGCUGUUACUGGAUUGAAAGAGUUGAGACAGCAGGUCAGAGAUCUAGAAGAGCACUGGCAGCGUCACUUGGCCCGCACUGCUGGUCGCUGGAAAGACAGCCCCAAAAAAAACACCUUGAGUGCGCUGCAGGACGAGCUUAUGAGUGUCAGGUUGAGUGAAGCUGAGGCCCAAGCAGAACUGAGAGAGACUCGGCAGAGGAUGCUGGAGCUGGAGACACAGAACCAGAUUCAUAGUAACCAGCUCCGGCGGGCAGAGCAGGAGUGCCGUUCUUUGCAGGAGCGCAUGCAAACUCUGACAGUGCAGAACAAAGAUCUGCAAGUGCAACUGCAAGAACUUAAGCGCAAACAAGCUGAGAUUGAAUGCAAGAGCAAGGAAGAAGUGAUGGCAGUGAGACUGCGGGAAGCUGACAACAUUGCUGCUAUGGCUGAGCUCCAGCAACAGAUCUCUGAGCUGGAGAUUCAGAAAGAAGAAGGAAAGGUACAAGGCCAGCUGAACCAUACAGACUCAAGUCAAUACAUACGCGACCUCAAAGACCAGAUAGCUGAGUUAAAACACGAGGUUUGCUGCUUAAAAGGACAGAGAGGAUUGAACGCUCAGUCCACUUUUGACGGGAUCCAUAUUGUCAAUCACUAUGUGGGCAUGGAUGAGUCUUACCAGUCCUCGGAUGAUGAUAUAGUCAAGGACCCCAACCUUCAGGACCCCCAGGAGAGGAACAGGAGACGUAUCAAACUGCACCCCAAACUCAGGGACACUGACAGUGAGGAAGAGGAGGACGGGGAGGCCCUGCGAAUCUCUGUACCUCAGGCCAGCAGCCAAAAAUCCACCACCGUGUGACCAGUGCCCGCUGACAGUCGGAGCUCAGAAGUUUUCAGCACCUACACAUGAAACUUCUUGCAGCCAUUUUGCCGAAGAGGUCUGGAUCAGAAGUUCCCAAUUUCAAAAAAGGAAAAGCAUUAUCAUUUCAUAUUAUGCAGAUCAUGCUUACAGAUUUAGAUGUUUUGUUUUUUUGUUUGUUUGUUGUUGUUGUUUUUUUGUCCUGCAUUGUCUGACAAAAGACGAGGUCAGUCUGGAGCUCAGCAGAAUAAAACAUCGUCGAGUCUAUCAAAAUCACCAGGGGAUGGGGGGGUGGGGGUCUGUCUGUCAUUCCCGGUAUCUCCCGUAGGUACAAAGGAGAAAAAGAGACUGUGCAAUAAAAGAUUUUAUGCUAUAUUACACACUUCAUCUUUUUUUUUUUUUAUUCACAUUUUUAGAAGAUUUUAUAAAUUAAUGUUAGAAGUGUAUCAAUGCCAUGACUAGUAAGUGUCCAUCAUGCAGAGACAGAAUCGAAUGUGUGGAUGAGUGUGUGUGCAUAUGCGUACGGUCCAGACUAGCUUGGUCGCAACCUGGUGUUAAAGCUCUUUGUACCAACCAGCAACAAUUUUGGAAUUUAGCAUAUGCCAUACCACAAGGUCAGCAUGUCAUCUGCAUACUUAGAGCUAUGUGUUUUUCUAAUCUCCUAACCCCCUUCAAAUUUAAAAAUACGCAUCGCUGCAUAUCUGAUGAUGACAUAUUUGGAAUUUGACAAAAGAAUUAAAUAAGUUAUUAAUUAAAAAAAAAACAUUCUUAGUCCUUUGGCUUGUGCAAAAAGAGAUGGUUUGGAAUAUCUCCUGCCACAUUUGUACUGAGCUCUCAUGAUGCAAAAAAAAGAGUAAUUUCAUCAUAUUUGCUGGAAAUUCAAGCAUGAAUGAUAUUGUGAUGGGCACAUUGAUUCAAAACAUGUUUGUACGCUAACGGAUGACAGUCUGAGGGAACUUGAACUGAGUUAAAACUGAGAUGACCUGGCAAAGUGCACAGUCUGAGGAUGCAUCAGAAGUUUGCAAACAGAUACCAAAGGAAGAACUACAAACCUGAAUUGUGCUCAUGCAGAAGCUCCAGUUAAGCAGACCUGGAUUUGAAAAAAAAAGAAAUCUUGAAUGUGACUGUGAGUAAAGGAAAUGGACAGGAUUGUGACUUUGAGAUGCUGAAACUGAUGACAUCUUGGAAAUGAUGACACGUUUUAAGUUUAAUGAGAGAGGGACUCAUAAUGUCACUUAAAGUCUGCAGUAUAGACAUCUAACACUAUGGAGUGGUCAGCACACUCUAAAGACUACAUGAGAUUGUUGUAUGAAUAUAUAUAUAUAUAUAUAUAUACAGUAUAUAUAUAUAUGCGUGUGUGAGUGUGUGUGUGUGUGUGUG